UAAAACCACAGAUUUCAAAUCUGAUUUCAAGGAAAUUCAGGCCGCAUCUUCUCCGUUUGUACUUUGCUGUACAUUGAAGUUGAAGUUAAAGCAAAGGCCUGCCGCAGGUUUUUACAAGAAAGAUAGGAAAUGGAAACGGAAAUUGUCUAUAGAAGAAAAGGUAUGGAAUGUGAGCAAUGGACUAUACAAAAGUUAUUGAUCUUAACACCAAUUUGUUAAAGAUACGAUGAUAUUUUACACUCCAAUAAUUGUUGAAACGUUCAAACAAGUCCAUUGUGGUUACUGUGCAUAAAUAUAACCUAUUUAUCCCAAGCAAAUUAUAUUAUGGAAUUCAAUAUCUCAAUAUCACUGUCUGUAGUAAGUUGUUGUAUUUUACAUCACGGUCGUACAAAUCCUCCUUGUCCAUCCGCAACCUUAAUUCUCUAAACCUUACAUGCAUAUAUAAAUGCAACUAAUUCUCGCCCUUCACAAUAAUUCUAGUUAGUUGUUUCACAAGUAAGCAUCUGAAGGAUGUAUCUAAUCUUCUUUCUGGUUUGUAUUCCCUUCGCGUAUUCAGAUGAAUAUCUUAUCGAAACGAUGAUUAGUUGCGAAAGUUCAAAAAGCCUCCUGGACUGUUUUAAAUAUCGGAUCAUCAAGUAUUUGACCAAAGUGGUUCUUGAAGAAGAGUAUCUGCCCUUAAAUAUUUCGGGAUAUAUUGAAGUUAUAAAAGUUAAGAGUAAAGUUGACGAAAAUGACGAAGAGAGUGCCAGAUAUUUUCCGAACGACGACCAGAUUACGAAAUUUUGGAAGUACGUACAGCGCUUGGAAAAUAAAUAUUUAGCCAAUCAUGCUCUUAAAGUGAAACUUCCUACCGGAUCAGAAAUAAUUUCUGAUAGCAUAAAAGUCUUAGACGAGGGUAGAAGAAGGAAAAACAACAAGGUUGCCAUUAUUCCAAUGCUUACCCUAUUGAAAAUAUUCAAGAUAAAAUUUCUCUUAGCAGCGGUUCUACUGACGCUGAUAUUCAUUAAAAAGGCGAUAUUUCUGUCAGCUCUACUAUUUCCAUAUUAUUUACAUCAAAUAAAAGAAAAAGCUCCCCGUCACACCUACCCUCAUCAUCACGAGGAAUAUUACGAGUACGAAUAUGAACCCCAUCACGGCACAUAUCCGGAACAUUAUUCCAAGGAUUGGUCAAGAGGCAGUUUGAAAAGGAUGUAACUAAGCGUAAAUGCUGUCUCGAUUUGUGAAUAAAAAAUGGUAUAUCUAAGGGAAAUGCUGCUCAAAGCAAUUUGUGAAGUUUAUUUAUGCUAUCUUGAUGUUCUGAAAGUUAAAUUCGAUGCAUAAAAACAUAUUUUGUUAAAAAAAACUCUGGUGAAACCGUUCCUUUCGUUUAUUUACUGAAAAACGCAUUUCGGCGAACACCCAAAAAGUUUUUGAUAUAGGUAGUUAAACAUCAGCUAAUGUAUUUAUUAUAUAAUG